AUGGCCAAAUCAUGGAGUGUUUUUGUUGAUUUUUCUGUGUUGAGGGAUGAUUGGAUUUGGUCGCCGGAUUGCAAGGGAAUUUUUGUGGCGUGUUUUUGCUGGAUUUUUUUUCCUACAAACGAUGUUCUUUCUAGAAAAAGAGUCUUCGUGAAUGCUUCUUGUCCGGUUUGUAGAGGCGUUAAUGAAACGGCGAUGCAUUUAUUUAUAGAAUGCUCUUUUGCUAAGAGCUGUUGGAGAAGUGCUGAGUUGAGGAUUUCGGUUGGAGACUGCUUGAAUUUUUCAGCUUCAAGCGUUGGACCAAGAAUCGUCACAAUUGGCUUCAAUGAUUUGCUGGAAUUUGUGGACAAACAUAAAUAA